CCUGUCAAUCAUGAUUUGCUGCCAUGAAGUCGCUCUCAGCGGAGAACGUUUGCUUUGGAAAUGUCGAUGUGCUUAUCGUUGGCACCGAACACUCACCCACGGUGUUGUUUUGUUCCCCAAAGGUCUGGCACAAGUGAUCCCUAUUGUAUCAUCAAAGUAGACAAUGAAAUCGUGGCAAGGACUGCGACGGUUUGGAAGAAUCUCAACCCCUUUUGGGGGGAAGAAUAUACCCUGCAUCUUCCAAUGGGGUUCCACAACCUCUCUUUCUAUGUCUUGGAUGAAGACACCAUUGGACAUGAUGAUGUCAUUGGCAAAAUCGCCCUGAGCAAAGAGGAGAUUUCAUCUCAGGCAAGAGGAAUCGAUCGCUGGAUCAACCUGAGCCCUGUGGACCCCAACGAGGAGGUGCAGGGAGAAAUCUCACUGGAGUUGCAGGUGGUGGAGGAAGCUCACCAGAGGCUACUCUGCUGCCAUGUCCUCGAAGCCAGAGAUCUAGCACCACGUGAUCUCUCGGGCACUUCAGAUCCCUUUGCCCGCGUACUGUUUAAUGGGCAGAUCCUGGAAACAGCUAUUAUCAAGAAGACCCGUUUCCCACGUUGGGAAGAAAUGUUGGAGUUCGUCCUGGAAGAGGGAGCUGACUCCGAGACUCCCCUUGUUGUAGAAGUCUGGGACUGGGAUAUGGUGGGCAAGAAUGACUUCCUGGGGCAGGUCAAGUUCUCUCUGGGCACCGUGCAGAAGACCAUUCUCAAAGGCUGGUUCCGUCUUUUUCCUCUGCCCAGUACAGGGGAAGAUGCUGGGGGGAAACUGGGGGCACUGAGGUUGCAGGUUCGGCUUGCUGAAGACAGGAUCCUGCCUUCCAGCUACUAUCAACCACUCAUAGAUCUUUUGGUGGAGUCUGCCUUGUGCCCCCCAGAGGAGGCAGAGGACCUGACCCCACUAGCCCUUCUGGAAGAAGUAUGUUUGGUGGAGAGUCGUCAAGAUGUAUCCACCAAGCUUGUCAAGAUUUUCCUUGGGCAGGGCCUGGUUAUACCCUUUUUGGAUUAUCUGAAUUUCCGUGAGAUUUCAAGAACAAUGGAUCCCAACACUCUCUUCCGCUCCAACUCUUUAGCCUCCAAAUCCAUGGAGCAAUUCAUGAAGGUGGUGGGAAUGCCCUACCUCCACGAAGUUCUCAAAGUUCUCAUUCACCGGAUCUUUGAGGAGAAGAAGUAUGUGGAGCUUGAUCCCUGCAAGAUUGAACCUAGCCGGGCCAAGCGGAUCUCCUUCAAAGGCUCCCUGUCCGAGGCCCAGAUCCGAGAAAGCAGCUUGGAGGUGCUGAAGGGGUAUUUGGGAGACAUCGUGGAUGCCAUUGUGGGCUCAACCGAGAAUUGUCCCCCCAUCAUGAGAGUGGCUUUCAAACAGCUGUACAAGCGAGUGGAAGAGCGAUUUAAGGAAGCAGAGAACCAGGAAGCCAAAUACAUCGCCAUCAGUGGCUUCCUCUUCCUCCGCUUUUUUGCCCCUGCAAUUCUGACCCCGAAGCUCUUCAGUCUCCGGGACCAGCACGCAGACACUCAGACCAGCCGGACCCUCUUGCUUCUGGCCAAGGCAGUGCAGAGCAUUGGCAACCUCGGGCUCCAGCUAGGUCACGGGAAGGAGCAAUGGAUGGAGCCUCUCCAUCCCUUCAUCCUCUCUAGCAUUGGACGAGUCCAAGAAUUCCUCGACAGGCUCAUAGAUGUGGACACAGAGAUUGAAGGAAGUGAAAAACAACCUUGGACCCUUUUCCACUCUUCAGCCAUCAUCAAAGAGGGUUACCUGCAGAAACGUAAAGCCGAGGGUCUCCACCUGGUGUCCCGUUUCACCUUCAAAAAGCGUUACUUCUGGUUGAGCAAUGAAAGUCUUUCCUAUUCCAAAUCUCCUGAGUGUCAAGUCCGUACCUCCAUUCCGGUCCAGCAAAUCUGCGCUGUGGAACGGGUGGAUGAAAACGCUUUCCAGCAGGCCCACAUGAUGCAGAUCACGACGAGAGAAACCGGAGGCCAGCUCUUUACUAUGUACAUUCAAUGCAAGAACGUCAACGAGCUCAACCAGUGGCUUUCAGCUAUCCGGAAGGCUACCAUCUCCAACGAAUGUAUGCUCCCUUUUUGCCACCCGGGCGCCUUCCGAGGUAGCCGCUGGACGUGCUGCUUGCAGACGGACCGUGCCGUUCGGGGCUGCAGCCGUACGCACUCUGCGGUGACCCUGGGCGACUGGAGUGACCCUCUGGAUCCCGACGCGGAGGCUCAGAUGGUGUACAAGCAGCUUUUGCUGCAUAAAGACAAGCUCAGGGAAAAGUACCAGGAGAUUUCAAGCACAGAGGCUGCGCAGGAACAAAGCAACACAGCCAAAAAAGACGAAAGUCAACGAAGGCUGAGAGCAGCUGUUCACCUUCUAGAAGUCAUCCAGGGACUGGAGCAGGCCCACAGGGCUUUUGAGCAUCAAGAAGAUGAAGAGACACCAGGGAAAGACACUCUACCCCCUCCGUAGGUGCUGUCUCCCAUUGGGAACCAGAUUAUCUUGUGUGUCCUGUAAUGAUGACGUCUUCACAUCUGUCCAGAGAAGAAAGCACCUACCUUCAUCACAGAUUAUGCUCUUGUUUGACACUGUCCCCUUGGAAGGAGAACAAGGGACCGAGAAGCACAUGGCAGAAAUUACAAACGCCUUUCUAUCUUCGUAGCUGUACUCAACCAAUGUUCUACAUGAAGCUCUCUUGUGGUUGUAUUCCAGAAGAAUAGGGUGUGUCCAGUUUCAACUCACUACAGAGACGGAUGGAAGUUAGUGUCUGUGGUCCACAAAUCUCCUGUAGGCCAGAUUGGGGCCUGGGCACCAUCUUUAAUGGUGAAGAUCUCUCUCUUUCUCUCAUUCUCUUUAGAUCACAUUUCUAGUCUUAAUCACAGUAAAGAUAAGCUUGAAAAUAUGGGGGAAGGGAAGUGCUGCUGAAAUCUCAAGAUGACAGACCGAUGGCUACAUAACAUUUUCAGAGGGGUUGAGGAAACUCUUUCCCUGCAUAACUCUUUGAGCUGUUCCUCUUGGCCGUAACAACCGGCCCAUGUAAGCAAUCUUUGAAAAGUGGAGAAUAAAGUAAUAUAAAACA